AAACUUCGCGAGAUUUGACUCAACAACUAACAUUUCUGCAGUUUGUACAAGGGUCGCUAGCUGUCACUGCUGCGCGGUCCUUGAAAUGUUGGAUUGGCUUUAGACAAACAAACUAUGCAUUGCAACAAUAAAAUGCAUCCUUGCGAUUCUCUGAAGGGAAAAAUGUGUUUAUACAUUAAUCCUGAUUAGCAAAACUGAACAUGCGUGGUCAAGAAAACUGCAGAAGCAGGAAUCUGCAGUACUAAACUGCUCCGUUGCGUGUCGCUUAUUCAGACUGUGACCCGAACACAUGUGUUCUAGCAUGUCCAGGGGCCUACUCGUAUCCUUCUUCUACAAGUACUUGGUUUGGAGAGCCGAAUCUCGUCGUAAUUCGUUGUAAAGCAGCUGAAAUAGAACCAAGACCAUCACCAAGUGAUACAGACAGAAGUGAGAUGGACCAGUGUGUGCUUGUGUCAGCUGACAACAGCCACGCCCCCAUCCCCCUGUCACAUGACCAGCCUGUGGUCCUGGGGCGGGGUCCACUAAGCAGAAUAGCUGACAAGAAAUGCUCCAGACAGCAAGUUGAACUGACAGUGGACCUUGAGAAGAAAAGUGUGACACUGAAACAGUUGGGUGCCAAUCCCUGCAGUGUUGGAGGAAAAGAGCUCAACACAAAUGAAACCGUCACCCUUAACCAUGGGCAAGACUUCUGUAUGCUGUUCGACAUGUUUCCUCAGCGUGUAGAAUUUUCUUCAUACACAGACACCAAGAAGCCCCAAAAUAAGCCAAAAGAGGCUAAGACUAAAAAACAAGACACUGAUAGUUCUUCAUCAAGUAAAAACAUCCUGCACUUUUUCCAGAAGAAACAAGGGGUCAAAAGACCACCCAGUCCUGAGGGAAACCCUUUACCUGUAAAGAAAUUAAAGCCUGGAAAAAAGUUGGCUGCCAUGUCAGACAGUGAGGGAUCAGACAAUGACAAUGACAGCAGGCAGGGGAGGGGGGUUGACUUGGGCAAAUCACCAGCGAAGGAGAAGCUAAAAGACAUGUCAGACAGUGAAGAGUCCGACUCAGAACACAGGAGGGAUAUCCAAGAGAGACUGAAACGUUUGGGACAGAUGUACGAGGCACAGUCUCCAGAAAAAGGAGCAGCAAAACCAGAGAACACGGGAGGGAAAGUUAGACCUGGGGGAUCAGCCAUGUCGGGUACACCAACCACUGAUGCAUGCUGGGAAGAGUUCGAUGAACUGCUAGUCUAUACCAGCAAGGGGGUACAGGGUUGUAGUAAGGUCGCCAGUUUUGACAUUGAUGGAACGAUUAUCGUGACCAAAUCUGGGAAGGUGUUUGCACAAGACACCUUUGACUGGAAAAUUGCCUUCUCAGAAGUUCCUGGGAAGCUGAAGAAGUUGAGUUCUGAAGGAUACAAGGUUGUCUUCUUCACCAAUCAGAUGGGCAUCCAGAGGGGGAAGAUCAAUGAGAAGGACUACAGGAGGAAGGUGGAAGACAUAGUGGCCAAGCUUGGCGUUGCAGUUCAAGUGUAUGUUGCUAGGGGGAGUGGGAAGUACAGGAAGCCUGUAACGGGCAUGUGGGACCAUCUAGUGGAGAGAGGAAACGAUGGUGUACCUGUGGACAAGGAUGCCAGCUUCUACAUCGGGGAUGCAGCAGGAAGACUGGUGAACUGGGCCCCGGGGAGGAAGAAGGACUUUGCCUGUAGCGACCGUCUGUUUGCGAUAAACAUCGGACUCACCUUCCACACUCCCGAGGAAUAUUUCCUCGGCUACAGGAAGGCCACGUUCAAGCUACCCGACUUUGACCCAAGAAAGCUGGAUGCAGAUGGUCCUCUGUACGCUCAACCCACUCUUUUGUCCUCGGCACCUGAGGUUAUAGUGAUGGUGGGAUGUCCCGCUUCGGGAAAAACGUUCUUCGUCAAACAGAACCUGGUUUCGCAGGGGUACGUCCACGUGAACAGAGACAUGCUGGGUACGUGGCAGAAGUGCGUGGCGGCGUGCAGCCAGGCGCUGGCCGGCGGGAAGGGCGUGGUGGUCGACAACACCAACCCUGACGUGGAGUCCAGGAAGCGGUACGUGGACUGUGCGCGCCAGGCGAAGGUGCCGUGCCGCUGUUUCGUGAUGGACAGCUCGCUGGACUUGUGCCGCCAUAACAACCGGUUCCGCGACAUGACCUACACGGGUGCGGGGCACGUGAAGGUGGCGGAUCCCGUCAUAUUCUCAUUUCGGAAGAAAUACGUGGAACCUCAGCUGUCCGAAGGGUUUGACGAGAUCAUAAAGGUGAACUUUUUGCCAAAGUUUGAAGACAAGAAGCUUGAGGCCAUGUACAGGCAAUUUUCAGGUUAGGUCUGAAGAAGAUUACAAAUUAAAAAGCAAAGUAAAAAAGCAAAGCAUUUUCUUCUUAGUUUAAAUAGCACAUAUUUCACAACUAGUUGAUACUAGUAGUGCCAAAUGAAAAGAUCUAUUCCUAUUUCUUUUUAUGAAUGUUCUUUACUGGGUUACUAGUAUUUCAUUCAAAUAGUUGUAGUCAAGUCCUUUUUAGUUAAGAAAAAUGAACACCAAACCAUGUCACCAAUGAUACAAGGUAACAGAAAUUAUACAAAACCCAUGCUUAUUCAUGUGAAUCAACUACAUGUAUCUUAAUGUAAUUGUUUAUUUCAGGCUUGACGGCCCAAAUUGACAA